AUGGCAACCUCCGAGCCCACUUCUUUCCCCUUCAACCGCGCCUCCGGCCUAGAGCCGCCAGCAGAAUACGCCCGCCUCCGCGCCUCAGACCCCGUGUCCCGCGUCAAGCUCUUUGACGGCUCACUGGCAUGGCUGGUGACCAAGUACAAGGACGUCUGCGCCGUGGCCACGGAUACUCGCUUAUCCAAGGAACGCACGAGGCCCGGUUUCCCAGAGCUCAGCGCCGGCGACAAAGCAGCCGCCAAGAACAAGCCCACCUUCGUCGACAUGGAUCCUCCAGCGCACAUGCGUCAGCGAUCCAUGGUCGAGCCUCUCUUCAUUGCCGAGCACGUCGAGACGAUGAAGCCGUACAUUCAGAAUACGGUAGACCAGCUGCUUGACCAGAUGGUCGCGAAGGGGUGCGAGGAGCCAGUCGAUCUCAUUGAGAACUUUGCCUUGCCUGUUCCCUCAUAUAUCAUCUACACCAUCCUCGGCGUCCCCUUUGAAGACCUCGAAUACCUCACCCAGCAAAACGCGAUCCGCACAAACGGCAGCGGCACCGCUCUUCAAGCUCAAGCUGCCAACCAGGAAUUGCUCGACUACCUCGCCAACCUCGUCGACAAGCGUUCCGAACAGCCCAAGGACGACCUCAUCAGCAAGCUUGUCGUCGAGCAGCUCAGGCCUGGCCACAUUGAAAAGUCUGAUGCGGUGCAGAUUGCUUUCUUGCUGUUGGUAGCAGGCAACGCCACGAUGGUGAACAUGAUUGCGCUCGUAAGUUUCUCUCUCGAACAAUUUCUGCGGCCGAUGGCUGAUAUGAGCCAGGGCGUGAUCGAAUUCCUCCGCAACCCGACACAACUCGCGGAUCUCAAGUCAGACCCCUCUCUCUCGAAGGCUUUUGUCGAAGAACUUUGCAGGUAUCACACAGGCUCGUCGAUGGCGAUGAAAAGAGUUGCGAAAGAGGACAUUGUCCUCGGCGGUCAUACCAUCAAAGCGGGUGAAGGCAUCAUCGCCGCCAACGCCUCCGGCAACCGCGACGAAGAAGUUUUCCCGGACCCGAACGUCUUCAACAUGCACCGCACCCCGGAUCCCAACCACGCCCUGGGCUUCGGCUUCGGCCCGCACCGGUGCAUUGCCGAACCUCUGGCACGCGCAGAGAUGGAGGUUGUCUUUGCCACCCUCUUCCACAAGCUGCCCAACCUUAAGAUCGCCGUUCCAAUCUCCGAGCUGGAGUUCACACCACUUCACAAGGACGUCGGCGUGGUCAAGCUCCCAGUGACAUGGUAA